ACCACGCCGGCGCCCCACUGUCCGCCGGCGGCCCUGGAGUGAACACUGCUGCGUCCCCAGCCAGGAAGGUCGACCGUGUUGUCCGGUGCGAGGAGCGUCGAGGAGUGAAGUCCCUGCCUUCCUUUCCGCCCCGAGGAUCGGAAGACACCCGCAGGUGUCCCAGCACCCUGAUGGCAAACUUCAAGGGCCACGCUCUCCCAGGGAGUUUCUUCUUGAUCGUGGGGCUAUGGUGGUCAGUGAAGUACCCACUGAAGUACUUUCACCAAAAAGGGAAAAGCAGCCAACUGACUCGUCAUUAUCAGCGUCUCGAGAUCACUGAAGCUGCGAUCAGAACUUUGUUUUCUGUCAUCGGGAUCCUGGCGGAGCAGUUUGUUCCGGAUGGGCCCCACCUCCACCUGUACAGUGAAGACCACUGGAUCAAGCUAAUGAACUGGCAGCACAGCACCAUGUAUCUGUUCUUUGCAGUCUCAGGAGUCACUGACAUGCUCACCUAUCUCAGUGCCCACACUCCCCUGGGCGUGGACAGACUGCUUAUGGCUUUGGCAACAUUCACUGAAGGUUUUCUCUUCUACUACCAUGUUCAUAACCGACCACCACUGGACCAGCACAUCCACUCACUCCUGCUGUGCGCUGUGUUUGGAGGGGCUCUCGGUCUCUUCUUAGAGGUGAUCCUUCGGGACAACAUCGUGCUGGAACUUUUCCGAACCAGUCUCACUAUUCUUCAGGGCACCUGGUUCUGGCAGAUUGGGUUUGUGCUGUUCCCACCUUUUGGAACACCCGAAUGGGACCAGAAAGAGGAUUCAAACAUCAUGUUCAUCACCAUGUGCUUCUGCUGGCACUACGUGGCUGCUCUCUGCAUUGUGGCCACCAACUACUCUCUUGUUUCCUGCCUUCUGACUCGGUUAAAGAGGCACAGAGAAGGAGAAAUCAUUGGGAUUCAGAAGCUGAAGUCAGAUCACAGUUACCAGACGGCCCUCCUGAGCGGCUCAGAUGAGGAAUGAGAGGAGGCCCUCAGCCAUCAAUGGGGAGCGGACACAAUGGGGAGGGGUCCCUGUGAGCACAAACAGCUAACGUGUUCAAAGGUGCAGCUCAUCGCCUCCACUUCAAUGCUUGCUUUGGUCUGCUCUUGAGGUUCCAUAUAUUUGCACCUUCUCAUUUAAUUGACUAAAGUUACCCUUCAUAAAGAAAAAUGAAGCAAGUCUUUAUUUGUGUCUUAGUGUGAAGAGAAAUCAGAGACUAUGAAAAUCUCAGAACAGGAAGUGGCCUCACGGAUGAAUCUAGGAUAUGAAUCCAGCAGAACUCACUGGCUUUGAUAACUUCUCUCCUUUUCUUUCAAGAAUCAGGUGCUUUCUUAUCAGAAAGUAAGCAAAUGACACUGCCUUUAAUUUAGGAGAUAAUUCUAACACGUAUUUUUUUAAGUAAAAUAAUUCACAAACUUUGGUAUUUUAAUUACUUGUUGAACAUCUCCUAACUAAUCAUAAUAUUCCAGAGUACUGUAGUACCACUGUUGAUAAGUGACAAAGUUGGGCCAAAGGUGACUUUUUUUUUUCAAUCAGGAAGCUAGUUAGUGGCCCAGCUGAGAGGUAGAACUCAGAUGUUCUGAUUCCUCAAAAGUAUCCUAACAAGAGGGCACUAAUUAGGGUAUUCCUGGAAAUCUUUAUAAUGAGGUAGAAAAAUGUCAGGUUAUGGAAGGCCUUGAAUUUAAAUACAGCUGAAAGCAAAGGAUAAGAAUCCUGCAAGGAUAUGAAUCUUGAAAUAGGAAUAUAAAGCCUCAAUA